AAAUAGACCAAAAGGAUUCAAUGUACAGAGAGCCGGCUCUGGUAAAGUGCAGCCGGAUCUGGUGUAUGGAAGUGCAGAGAGCCAGCUCUAGAAGUUGCAGCCGGCUCUACAGGCAAAAAUUUGAAGACCGUUCUUUGGCGCACACGGAGAAAAGACGCAAAGCCGGCUCUGGCUUUGAAGCCGGCUUGAGUGAUCUUGGGGAUGUGUUGAUUCCUUCAAGAGUGAUCUGAAGAGAGGAUCUUUGGGGUUAAAGUGUAAAGGGGUGAGAUUUGAGAGAAACCCUUCUUCUUGUAAAGGAUUGAGUGGCUCCUUUAAGCCACCAUUGUUUUUGCUAGUGGAGAGUGUGGAGGAAAUCCUUGGUGAGUGAAGCCAAGGUAGAGGACUAGGUUCCAAGUGGUUGGACCGAACCUCUAUAAAAUCAUUGUGCAAUC